AAACGGUAAAUCAGAGAAGACGAUGGGAACAGUUGUACCGCCAUGGAAGCAGCUUGUCCUAGGCGCGAUCGAGGCCAAUUCUCACCUCAACCACUCUUCUUACAUACAGCUCGCGACAAUCGGUCUGAGUGGUAGACCUUCGAAUCGUACCGUCGUAUUCAGGGGAUUUGAAGAAAACAGUGACACGAUUCGAAUCAAUACUGAUAUUCGCAGCCGCAAGAUUGGAGAGCUUAAGCAUUGCCCGUUCUCUGAGAUAUGCUGGUAUUUCUCUGAUUCUUGGGAGCAGUUCCGGAUCAAUGGAAGAAUUGAUGUCAUUGAUGCAUCGAAUCCUGACCCGAUCAAGCUUCAGAAAAGGGAGAAAGCUUGGUUUGAUAGUUCAAUCAAGUCAAGGCUGAACUACCUGUGUCCUACCCCUGGCCUGCCUUGCAACAAUGAGCAACCAAACCAGGAAGCUCAUUUAGAUCCUUCAAGUGGUCCAGUUGUUGAAUACUGUCUGCUGCUUCUGGAUCCAGACAAGAUAACUUAUUACGUGAAUCUGAAUAGUGACCGGAGGUUUAUCUUCUCUUCAGUUCUUACUGCGACUGGCGAGAAAUGCUGGACUUCCGAAAGGGUUAACCCGUAACCUCCGGGUAUCAAAUAAAGAAUCAUCUUGUUUGUCUUAGAUGAUUCUCUUUCGGAUUCAUAGAGGGUGUGCUCUGUUUCUCUCUUUACCUGAUUGUGAUUUUGAUCAUAUACAUGGAGUUACUUUUACAUGA